UUGCAAAUAAUACUAGUGUAUUUUUUUUAUAGUAUUGGGUUAAAUGAAAAAUAACUUGUUUCAUUUUCUGGUAACAUUUCACUUCAUAUAAAGAAUAAUUUGGCGCGCAGAUCCCCAGCAUUUUUCUUUUUGACAGCUCAUUUUCGAAUGAAGACACGUCUCCGUUCUGUUAUCAGGUAAAAAUGUUUCAGGAACAUUUUCCAAAAGUCCAUUGUUGUCAAGAGAUUGCAAACGACGACUAUGUAGCUUUAUCAUUCAAUUCAAUUGAGUUUUUUUUGUUUCAAACAUUGGUGAAAGAGACCUGUUUUGAUGAAAGAAGGUCAGAAUUCGUUGCUUACAAUGAGAGAGAAACUUUCUAUCAAAGUAGGCUCAAGGGCCUCUAAUUUAAUGUAUGACUAGUGUCGCUUGUAUCUAUGUCAAUUCAGUUGAGUUUUUAGAAUCUACUCUGCCCAGUGAAAGGAGUAAAAUUAUUAUCUGGUCCCUAAAUAUAGUUCCUUUGUCUGGAAAACAGCUAAGACAAAGUUGCUCUAAGGCUCAUGAUACAAAAAGUUACCCUUGUUCUUGACAGAUGGUCGACAAAGCGUAAAAGAAAAUCCUCGUUCUUCGUCAAGAAUCAGAAGCGUUUGUCCUACGUAGGAGGAGGGCAAAUAUCCAAGCUCAAUCCCUGUUGAGGGGAUGGAAACGGCGGCGGUGUUGGGACGGGCAUGACCUUUCAGAUGAAGUCCUUAAUGAUGAAAUUGGGGAGACUAGAAUUGCAGUUGAAAGAAACGAAAGUUUCUUUUUUCAAUUCUAUUACGUUAGGCAAUCCUAAAGUAUUUACUUGGGUACUGGUUGCGUUUGCCUCCAUGGGUGGCUUACUAUCUGGUUUGGAUCAGAGCUUGAUUAGUGGAGCGAAUUUAUAUAUGCUAGCGGAUUUACACUUGGAUAGUGGCCAAGUUUCGUUGGUAGACUCUUUAAUGCCUUUGGGUGCAGUUUUGGGAGCAUUAAUCUUAUCACCUACCAACGAAGCAUUGGGUAGAAAGUUGUCUAUUAUCGUUGCGUGUUUACUCUACACAUUAGGUGCUGGUUUAGAAGCUGGAGCUCAUUCAGUUGGUAUGAUGUACGCUGGACGUUUUAUUUUGGGGAUGGGUUUAGGCUUGGAAGGAGGAACUGUGCCUGUUUAUGUUGCAGAAUGUGUGGCAAAGAAGUUCCGGGGCAAUCUUGUCUCUUUGUACCAAUUCAAUAUUGCUCUCGGUGAAGUCUUUGGUUAUGUUGUUGCUGCAAUAUUUGUCAACGUUUCAGGAACUUGGCGUUGGAUGUUGGGAUCAUCUCUUCUCUUUUCCACUGUUCUUCUUGUAGGAAUGAUUUUCAUGCCUGAAAGUCCUCGUUAUCUGAUGCAUAAAGGUCGUGAAGUUGAAUCUUAUAGCGUCUGGAAGCGUAUUCGUGGUGUAUCCGAUAUAGAUGCAAGACGCGAGUUUAUUGUGAUGAGACAUUUAGUUGAACAGGAACAAGAGGAGAAGAAACGUCUUCGAUAUCCCUAUUUGGACUUUAUUAGGGUUCCAAGGUGCCGUAGAGCUAUUGUCUAUGCCAAUAUUAUGGUUUUCUUGGGUCAGUUUACAGGCGUUAAUGCUAUUAUGUAUUACAUGAGUGUGCUGAUGAGUGAAGUUGGGUUUUCUUCUAAACAGUCAGUAUUUAUGAGUUUGGUUGGUGGAGGCUCUCUGUUAUUGGGUACCAUUCCUGCCAUAUUAUGGAUGGACCGUUUCGGUAGACGAGUUGCAGCUAUCACUCUUCUUCCAGGGUUCUUUGUAGGAUUGCUAAUUAUCGGCUUUGGCUACUUUAUACCGUUAUCUAACGUUCAUUCUGCAGAGGGAGUAUAUCUUACAGGACUAAUAAUUUAUAUGUGGUUCUUUGGUUCUUAUGCUUGUCUGACGUGGGUUCUUCCAUCUGAAGUUUAUCCAACCUAUUUGCGUAGUUACGGGAUGACGAGUUCCGAUGCUACCCUAUUUCUCUCUGCUUUCAUAGUUACGUACAACUUUUCACGUAUGCAAAACGCUAUGACAAAGACUGGUUUGGCUGUUGGUUUCUAUGGUGGCAUUGCUGUAUUUGGUUGGAUAUAUCAAGUGCUUUAUAUGCCAGAGACCAAAAACAAGACACUCGAAGAAAUUGACUUGGUGUUUUCCAAACCCACGAAAGAGUUGGUCAGAGAAAAUUGGCAAUCUACGAAGGAAACGGUAUCAGAUUUGUUCCACUUGCGUUGGAAACGGGCCUUUGGGCUUCAAGGGGAGUACUAGUUUGAUUGCUUGCGUUGUAGGACUCUGUUUGUUGCAGUUGGAAGCCGUUAACUUUGCUAUACAGACAAAAACUUUGUCUGAGCGAAUUUACUUUCUCCUACUGUGAUCAAAUAAAAGUUAUGCUUUUCACGUAUCAUUAUAAGAUGAAAGUCUAUCUAUCGAUGCAAAGUCUUUUGAGGAAAACAAUUCCACUCCGACCGAAGCAAUUCAACACUCCAUGAAAGCUGAUUGGUUGGCCAUCGAUGUUCUUUUAAU